AUGACGGGUCUUAUAUGUGUAGGGAUCAUUCGAAAUACAAGAACUGUCAUGGAAUGCUUGCAUCGCUUUUGCAAGGAGUGCAUAGAGAAAUCCUUUCGCCUCGGUAACAAUGAAUGCCCUGCUUGUCGUACUCAUUGUUCAAGCCGAAGAUCGCUAAGGGAAGACAUCGUCUUUGAUGCAAUAAUUGCUAUCCUUUAUCCAAACAUUGAUAAAUACGAGGAAAAGUCAAUGCAAGAAGCUUAUGGCAAGACUCUUGAACGACAAAAUGAGGCACUGGGAAAGAAGGCUGCUGCUGCUGCUGCAACAUCUAGGUCAAAAGAUAAAUACUCAAGGAGUGCAACUCAGACACUGAGAAGAAGUGCAAGAAAUGCAAUUGCAUUUUCAGAAUCUAGUUCUAGCAGGGAUAUGCCAUUGCCUCCUAUUGCCGAAGAGAGAGAUACACAAGUCAUACCUGUCAGUAACUUUGCUGCGUUACAGAUACAGCCACAAAGCUCUCAGCAAGAGAUUAAUGCAAGCACAGUUGCAGGUGGAACAAUUCAAAGUCUCAUUACCUCAUCUGAUAAACUUGUAUGGGGGCGAUUUGGCCUCAGGAGUCACACCAAUACCAAUGCUAGACAUGCUGCUGCUUUGAGGAGCAAUCGCCUCGGGAGAUUCAUUGAUCAUCUCCAAAACUCCAACCAAAAUGAUCAUGAGCUGGACAUCUGUAUCAAACUUGUCUCUUUUGAGGAAGAAAGAGUGCCAAAUUUGUCAAGGCCAUACCUUAACUGCAAACCUACUCUCUCAAUCGACCAACUUUGCAAGUAUGUUGCCAUAGAAACCUUGCUGCAAACUGAAGAAAUUGAAUUGUACGUGGUGAAGGGGUGUGAACCUGACUUUGUAAGCGGUCAUGAAAAAUUUGUUGCAGACAAAUAUGAGACUCGAUUUCUUGGGAGAGGGGAUCAAACUUUGGCUGAAAUCAUAGAAAACAAUCUCAGCUUUGGUCAUCUGGUCAUAGCUUACAAGAGGAAGAAGUGGAACUUGAAUGAAGUGUUGUCUUCCUCUGGUUCUGAAUGA